UGACAUCAUCUCAAAUUUUUCGGAAUAAAUUUUAUUUAAAAUUUGCAAAAUAUUAUGACUUUAUACUUUGGUUUACGCAUAAUGGACGCAUACUUUUUAAAAUUACUCACACAAGAUGCCUCAAAAAGAAAAUUAGUCCAGGAUUACUUCGACAGAACUUCCCUUGCCCUUAAAGUACAAUCCAACAAAUUCUAAGGAGGUGCCGUCCGCAGAUAUACAGACAAUAUGAAUUGUGUUCAAAGCAAAUAACCAACGGAAAAGAGUGUAUUAUUGUCAGUGUAUACGCUUAACUUUGAUUGUUUAUGUUUAUAUAUACUUACAUCGAAAGAAUGUCACGUAGAAAUUUGUUUAAUUUGAAUGAGUUGUCUCCUCAAAACAGAAGACUAAAAUUAGUUACUUAUCGAAUAGUAUGCAAAAAGCACAGCCAAGUGUUAUCGUAAAACGAAAUUUUUGUGGAUUUUUCAUAUCUCGAAGGUCUCGAUAACAGCAGCAUUUACUCUUAUCAGAUUUACGCACCACACCUUUAAAGUACCAUAUUUUCAGAGAUUCAACAAUACGCAUGACUGUUAAGUUCAUAGUAAUAUUCAUAAAGUAAUUCCGUAUAAUUGUAGCAUAUUUUAUAAAAGUUUUUGGUGAUUACCUACAUGUUUCAAAAAUAUUUAACAUUGCUGUGGGCAGACAGAUCUAGUACGAACACAAGAUACUUCAAACAAUCAAUUCAGAUAAUCAACGCAUUAUGGAAAAUACCGAAGAGACUUUUGAAAAACGAAAAGGAACCACGAAUAAGGGUAACAAAUACGAAGAUUUGAUCACCGCUAGCGUCGCACUGCAAAUGAUAAGCAACUGUAAAAUUAAAGACUUCCGCAUUUCAUCGAACAAUGAAAAGUUUGGUGAUUUUGAUGACGUGGUUAUUGAAAUUGAGACAGAUAACGGAAUAAAAACAAAAGCACUACAAUUAAAACACAGUAAUGAUAAAAGACAAUUAAUCACAAAGCAGCUGACAGACAAAAGUGGAGACUUUAGUUUAAUUAAAUAUUUCAACUCUGCUCAAGAGGUUCAAGGCGAAAUGCAAACUUUCAUAUUAUUCACCACAAACACUUCCACAAUUUCAGAGAAAACAAAAUUUAAACUAGAUGAAGAAAACUUUUCCCUGAAGGCGAUUAAAAAGACGGUUUCAGAAGAUAAUUUCGACGUUUUAAGAAUUUCAAAAAAUAUAGAUUAUUAUUAUCAAUUUCAAAUUCUAGAGGACGAACAGACUAAACAAAAUCCUGAAAAAAUUCAGCAGUAUCGAAUUUUCUUCGAAAACUUUCGUCUUUACACAAACCAAGAACGUUUUGAACCUCUUACAAAAUCAACCAUGAGUAGAUUUACUGAGAUGUUUUGUUCUAGCGAAGAAACCUUCAAGAAAUACGUCGAGGUCAUUUCGGAGUGGAGUUUCAAAGAAGGAAAGAAAGAAAAAUUAAGCAAAAAAAUUAUACAACGUGCAAUCGCACUUCUUCUACUUUCUUCUCAUAUCGAACAUUUUGUUUUUGAUUCCGUCACAGACGAAAUGAAAAUUCUUCGAGAGGCUAUUUGUUCGUUUGACAUUACGUUAUUGGAAAAAGAAGGCAACAACGAAGUUAAAAAGUUGUGGGGCGACUUGGACAAGAAUGUUGACCUCAAAGAGCUAAACAAAGUUCGAUCACUUUAUUCGCUUUCUAUUGAUUAUAUAAAUAGUGUCCAAAAUCUGGAUCCAAUUUUGUUGACACAGUUGCUGUGGUUGAUGGACAAAUGUCCCCUAAUUGUAAAAGAACACGAAAAUAUGGAGAAAGCUAUUGAACUCUGUCCAGAUGCAAAAUUUAUCAUACUUGGUGAGGGAAAUCGUGGACAAUGGAUGGAAGAACUUUCAGUGUUUGAAAACUUGUCCGAUUUGAAAUCAAAAGGCCAAUUGUAUGACGAAAUAAUGCAGAAAUUUACCAUUUCUUUACAAGGAAAAGAACCACUCAAUUUGGUGACUGCGUUCGAAGAAAAUGACGAAAUUUUGAAACACGUAACUGUAAACAGACUUUUAGAAAUGGCAAAUAGUCAGUGCUAUGUAGAUGGAGGAAAGGAAACUUUUCCCAAUCUUUAUAUCGAAAGAUAUUUGACGGCAAAUAUUAUAGACAAUAAGUAUUUAGAACAUGUUAAUAGAAAUACUGUUGUUAUCUGUUCAUAUUACAUGGGCCAGGAUUAGUGUGUCGAUUGUAUUGCGCCCGGCUACCUUGUUUUGGAUUUACUUCUAAUAAUAUUGCAAUUAUAAAAAUAAUAGUAAUCAUUGUAUACACGCGUAUAAAAUUAAUAAAGAAUCACGACCGAUAA